GACCGGGCUCUUCCGGUUCGCGGUGCCUGGCUUACAGUUCAAGUUUUUUGUGGGUGGGCGGUCGGUCCUUAGGAUGUGAACAGUAUGGUCUUACAAAGGAUAUCGGGAGAGGGAAUCUGGACUCUGAAGGGCCGGAAAACGAGUUGUGGCAGCGCCACUUGUGACUAGAGACCGUGGGCGAGACGCUUACCUCUGUAUCUCCCUUUCCAUCUGUCUCCUACGGGAGCAGACUGAGGUAGCUGAGCCCUCUGAAAUGUAGGGAGCCCGAGGGGGAAGUUGCUGCAGAUGCUGCUAAGUCCCAUUGUGAAACAUCAAAUAAUGUCAUCUGAAAUGUCACCAGCAUUUAUUGAGACUUCUAAUGUUGAAAGGAAGCAAGACUUAAGUGAAGAUCAGGAAAGAGAGAAACCAAGAUUAGAUGAAGGAAUUGAACCAGUAUCAAAACGACAAAUGAAAAAACUGAUAAAACAGAAACAAUGGGAAGAACAACGAGAACUUCGCAAACAGAAGCGGAAAGAAAAACGCAAGAGAAAGAAAUUAGAGCGACAGUGUCAACUGGAAUCAAACUCAGAUGGAAAUGACAGAAAACGAGUUCGAAGAAAUGUUGUUCAUAGUACACUCCGCCUUAUAAUUGACUGUAGUUUUGAUGAUUUGAUGGUAUUAAAGGACAUUAAAAAACUUCAUAAGCAAAUCCAACGAUGCUAUGCAGAAAACCGACGAGCACUGCAUCCUGUGCAGUUUUACUUGACAAGCCAUGGAGGCCAACUAAAAAAGAACAUGGAUGAAAAUGACAAAGGCUGGGUCAACUGGAAGGAUAUCCACAUCAAACCAGAGCACUAUAGUGAACUCAUAAAAAAAGAAGACCUGAUUUAUCUUACAUCAGAUUCACCCAAUAUACUAAAGGAAUUAGAUGAAUCAAAGGCAUAUGUGAUUGGAGGAUUAGUGGAUCACAAUCAUCAUAAGGGAUUCACAUAUAAACAAGCAUCAGAUUUUGGAAUUGAUCAUGCACAGCUCCCCCUUGGAAGUUUUGUGAAGAUGAAUAGUCGAAAAGUUUUGGCAGUUAAUCAUGUAUUUGAGAUUAUUCUGGGAUACUUGGAAACAAGAGACUGGCAAGAAGCAUUUUUCACUAUCUUACCCCAAAGGAAAGGUGCUGUUCCCACAGACAAAGCCUAUGAAAGUUCUUCCCACGACAAGCAGUCUGCCAUAGUUGAAGGUGGAUCGGACAGUGAUUCCAGUGAAGGGGAAUAUAGUAAAAAUGAACCAGAGUCACCACAUAAAGACAAACAACAGGAUAAGGAAAAUAGCACUGAAUCUACAAUGCCUUCUGCACCACACUAACAUUACCUGUUUUUCUUUUAGUAAAGAAAAAUUAGGAGAAUGUGAGGUGCUUCAAAGAAUAUUCAAAUUGGAAACAAAUUACUUUCUCUUAUUUCUUCUGUGAAUUUUAAAAACUCCUUAGAGCUAAAUGAUAAUGAAAAACACUUUAAACUCUGUAAGAAUUUUUUGUUUAUGUAUGAAAAAAUUAUGUAUCUUUUUAAAUUGCUUUUUAAGCUUAAUUAAGAACUUUAGAGAAUUUUGCUUUAUUAGUAUACCCUAUUUCUCUUUUAUUUGUUGCAAAGUCUUCUUCAGAAUGUGCCUUCUGACCUUUCAGUUCAUAUCAAUGACCUUUAUAUCAGUGUCUUUCUAAUCUGUUGUGUAUUUGUUUGUGGAGGCAGAUAUUCUUAAGUGUCGUAUAAGUCUAUUAAAAUGUUAUAUAUGAGAGCUUAUCCUCCAUUUGCAGCUUUUACAUUCAGUUUAUUUAGUUAAAAAAUAUACAGUAAUCCUAGGAGGAAAUAUCAGUUUGCUACUUAAUAAUUCAUUUCUUUUGGACUGCAGAGUGCACACCUGUGCCUCCUUUGUCACCUUUUCAUGGUUCUGAAAUAAUCACAAAACAGUUGAAAAAUCUCUUUAAUUCAUUUUACUAAUUCCUAUAAUGGUAACAAAUUAUUUCAAUUAUAAAGUUGAAUUUUUGCCUAACUUAAAACAUGAUAGUCCUUAUGAGCUGUCCUUUUCGUCCAUAUAUUUUUUAAAAAUACUUGUUGGCUUUUAAGGUGAAUAUUGUGCAUCUAUGCUAUAAGAAUAUUCAAACUAACAUAAAUUUAUGUUUCUGUAAAUAACAUGUAUGUAUAAAAAUAUGCAUGCAGUUGUCUGUCUAUCCAUAUCAUGUAUGGUUCUGCUAUUAACUGAUAACAGGACUGAUUUGUAUUAUUUGUGUGAAUGGUUGUGUUGAACACAUAAGAGCAAUUUGAAUUUCAUUAACACAAAACACAACCAAACAUUCAUUUGGAAAGUUUAGCAAAGGAGUAUGGGGCAAAAAGGAGCUGUUUUAGUCUCUAAACAGUGAUUGUAGAGAAGUAGAGAAGUUGUGUUUAAAAUAAAGUGAUUGUUCUCCGUCAUAGCUAAGGAUGUCAGGAAACUUCACUGAGUUUUGGCAAAGUAAGUUUCUUUUCUUAUCUUUUUUUUUUUUUCUUAAAUAUGUCAUAGAUGUAUUUAAACAGUUACAUAACUUUUGCAUAAGUUAUAUAUUAACAUAUACACAUUUAGUAGAAAGUUUAUUGUAGAAUUGAUGUUUACUAUUUUCGUUGCUUUAUUCUUAGUAAUCUUUUAUAGUUAUUUUAAAGUAAAAUCUGUAAGCAAGGUAUGUCAAUAAAGAAAAGCCCUACACUUCUAAAAGAACAAAAGCUUAUGUUAUAAUUUGUGUUUUUCUGAAAUUCAGAUUUUUCUGAGUACAUUUGGUUUGCUAUUAUAAAAUAUGCCUUUUACUUAAAUUAUUCCUUAUGGAAUAGAGCACUGUUUAUAAUUAUGAAAGGUAAAGAAAAUAAUUCAGGUUUAACAUAGUUUAAUUUUCAUUAAUUGUAAAAACAUGCUGUUUUUGUUUCCUUGGGGUGCCAUAAGAAAUCACCACAAUUAGGUAGCUUAAAACAACAAAAAUUUAUUCUCUAACAGUUCCAGAGGCCAAAAGUCAGAAUCAGAGUGUCACAGGACUGUGCUGCAAAUGCUCUAGAAAAGAGUCCUUCCCAGCCUCUUAGCUUUUGGUUGUUAUCAGCAAUGCUUGGUGUUCCUCAGCUUGCAGGUGGAUUAUUCCAAUCCCUGCUUUAUUGCAAAUGUUCUUCUGUCCUCUGUGUCCCAUGUCUAUAUCCAAUUCUUUUUUUUAGGACACCAGCAUUACUUGUUCAUUGUAAUCCAGUAUGACCUUAUUCUAACUUGACUAUGGUUUGCAAUGACCCUGUUUCCAAAUAAGAUCACGUUCAUAAGUAGUACAUAUUAGGACUUGAUAUAUAUUUUUGGGAGAUACAACUUGACCCAUUAUUUGCCCCUAUCUCAUCUAGGCUGUUGAUGACAGGAAAGCAAUGAUUACCACCACAUUUGAAAUAACUGAUUUCUGAGGUACUUCAAAAUUGGUUUAAGAAUAUUAUUUAAUCUUAAUAUAUAAUUUCAAUACUCUUUGGUUUAUUUAGAUGUAUUAUUAAUAAUAUUAAAGUAAUUUA